CGGGUGUGAGCAGAGCGGGAGGGAAUGGAGCGCGGUGUUUGGCUUUUUCUUCUGCUUCUGCCCUUUGUCGGGUGUGAGGGGCUUUAUAACUCUAACGGAUACAUCGUGUACUGCCCCUGCAUGGGGCGAUUUGGCAAUCAAGCGGAUCAUUUCUUGGGAUCCUUAGCAUUUGCUAAGAUGGUAAAUCGUACCCUCGUGGUUCCGCCAUGGAUUGUUUAUAAUCACCAUAGGCCACCGUACACCAAUGUGCAUGUCCCGUAUGAGGAAUUCUUUCAGCUGGAGCCCCUGCGCCAGUUUCAUCAAGUGAUCAGCAUGGAGGAAUUUAUGGAACAAUUAGCGCCAGUGUUGUGGCCCCCCACUAAGCGAUUGGCCUAUUGUUUCACAGCCGCAGCCCAGAGGAGCCCUGAUAAGAAGAGCUGCCCUAUGAAGGAUGGAAACCCAUUUGGGCCUUUCUGGGAUCACUUUCAUGUGGAUUUCACUCAGUCUGAGCUAUUUGAUGGCAUUACCUUCAGUGCCUAUUAUAAAGAUGUGUGGAUUAGCAGGUUUCCCCCAUCCCAGCACCCAGUCAUCGCUCUCCCAGGGGCCCCGGCACAGUUCCCAGUUUUAGAGGAGCAUCGAUCACUGCAGAGAUACAUAGUGUGGUCUGAGAAGAUUGUGCGUGAGGGAGAGGAACAGAUCCGAUCACUGCUUGUAAGGCCGUAUGUGGGAAUUCAUCUGAGGAUUGGCUCUGAUUGGAAAAAUGCUUGUAAAAUGCUGAAGGAUGGAACGGCCGGUUCCCAUUUCAUGGCCUCCCCACAGUGUGUUGGCUAUGACAGGUACAGAGCUGCCCCCCUCACCAUGGACAUGUGCCUUCCUGAUCUCAAGGAGAUGAGACGAGCGUUGACGCUAUGGGUGGAAAGGUCUAAUGCCAGAUCAGUGUAUAUUGCCACUGACUCCACCUCAUACACUGCAGAGAUACAAGCUUUCUUGGGAAACGAGGUGAGAGUUGUGUGUCUCCAGCCAGAGGUGGCUCAGAUUGAUCUAUACAUCCUGGCCCAGGCCGACCAUUUUAUUGGCAACUGUGUUUCCUCUUUCACUGCUUUUGUCAAGCGAGAUCGAGAUGUUCAUGGAAGACCAUCAUCAUUCUUUGGCAUGGAUUCCCCUGGGGUGGUGCAGGAUGAGCUGUGAAAAGGUGACACAGGCCAAUAUGAUGUAGGGGGCAAGUGAUGCCAGGCGGGUGUCUUGUUUGCCUGUUGAGCUCAGGACAAGCUCAUUGACAUGCAGUAUAAGCCCAGGUAACAAAGAUAGAGAUGCUCCCUUCCUGGGCUUUGGCUGGCCAAUUUCCUACUUAGUGGUGGCAAUAAAGACUCCAUGAAAUCAGGCCUUUUGGGAGGCAGAAAAGGACUUUUCGGCAGAUAUCUUAGCAACACACAAAGCUCUCUCUGUCUAAAAGCACAUCAUUUAGCCACAGGCUUUUAUUAAUUUUAUGUCUUUGAAUAUUUACACUUUUCACUAAUAAAAGAGUUCAACGAA